AGGAUUCGUCUGUUUGGAAUUGAUGGCGCUGAAAAGGAUAAGCAAGGAACUCGAAGAUCUCCGUAAAGAUCCUCCGUCUGACUGCAGCGCUGGUCCUGUCGGCGAUGACUUGUUCCACUGGCAGGCAACCAUUAUGGGACCGCGAGACAGUCCAUACCAGGACGGAUGCUUUUCCCUCCGCAUUCAGUUUCCUCCCGACUAUCCUUUCAGAGCUCCGAAGCUGCAGUUCACGACCAGAAUUUAUCACCCCAACAUCAACGAAUCAGGAGGAAUCUGUCUGGACAUCUUGAAGGACCAUUGGUCUCCUGCGUUGACGAUCAGCAAAGUUUUGCUCUCUGUGCUCAGUUUGCUGACUGAUCCGAACCCCAACGAUCCUCUGGUUCCAGAGGCAGCUCAUUUGUACAAGACAAACAUUGCCAAGUUCAAUCAGGUUGCGGCUGAAUGGACUCGCAAGUUUGCAAUGUAGGAGGAAUUGGAUGAGGACGAGGACGGGGGGAGGAACGUGGGGGGAGGAGUUUGGAGGAAAGGGAACAGGAAGGGAAGUGACAGUGAGGCGUGGAGGAGGAAGGGAGGAGGAGGACGAGGAGGAGGAAAGUUAUCGGCAGCUCCUGCCAGAGAACCUCUCAAGACGUUUUGGGAUUUUGAAAGAUGAGAGACGCCCGUGGAUGAGGAGAUGAGAAAAAAAUGAUCCAAGAUUGCUUUUUGUCAUCGCAAUGAAAUGCUUUAAACUGUC